CAGCACGCAUUCAGUCGUUCUCCGGACAGCAGUGUCUACAGGCUGUUCUAAGCUAAGCUGUCCAGCCCGCUCAACUCACCCCGCGUACAACAGUAGCCCAGCCUGAACAAGAAGAAAUCCUCGGCAGAACUCUCAACACAAAGUCAGAAGGUCGUGCGCGUUUCUGGCUUGUGUGUGGUGGAUGAGUCAAGUGACUUUUCUCGCGAGUCAUCCAUUGAGCAGGAUCUGAGGUUUGCUGGUUCUUUGUGCUUAGCGUUAGGGGUGUUCAAAAAGUGUAAUUUGAGGGGGGGACCCUCACCUUGAAAUUGGUGUUAUCUCUCGUGCGGAUAGGCAAAUGUGACGAAAGUGUAGAUAAUUAGAGUUACGUGUAUCCAUAUGUAACAGUCGGAUCAGUGUUACUGAAUGAAUUAAAAAAGUCAAAAGUGCAAUUAUAAAGAAAUUCACUCUCACACGAGAAGAGAAGAAAACAAGAAAGAAAACCAUGACGGAAGCAAACGAAAGUAGUAGUUGCAGUGUAACUAAUAAUUUGCUCGACACUGACAAUAGGAAAAAUGGCGCCGUCCGGGUGCAGAUCGUGCCGUCCCAGCCGAAAACGCUGUCCCACCUGCCGACGCGGCCGGCCGUCGAUUUGGCCUUUCAUAAUCUCACCUACCGGGUCAAGGAAGGACGACGCAACAAUGUGAAAACCAUUCUGAAGGAGGUCAGCGGAAGGCUUCGCUCCGGCGAGUUGACGGCCAUCAUGGGACCUUCGGGUGCGGGCAAAAGUACCCUGCUCAACAUUCUCACCGGCUACAAAACGACCAACAUCGAAGGGUCAAUCACGAUGAACGGCAAGGAGCGCAACCUUAGCCAGUUCCGCAAGCUGUCGGCCUACAUCAUGCAGGACAACCAGUUGCACGCCAAUUUGACCGUCGAGGAAGCGAUGCACGUGGCCGCCAGCCUCAAGCUGAGCCAAAAGGUGGAGAAGAGCGAGAAGCUGCAUGUGAUCAAGGAGAUCUUGGAGACUCUCGGUCUGGACGAGCAUCGGCCCACGUUGACGAGGAAUCUUUCCGGAGGACAGCAGAAGCGUCUAUCGAUUGCCCUGGAGUUGGUAAACAACCCACCGAUUAUGUUCUUUGACGAACCCACGUCCGGCCUGGACAGUUCAACGUGCUUCCAGUGUGUGAGCCUGCUCAAAUUCUUGGCCCGAGGAGGUCGAACGAUCAUCUGUACGAUCCAUCAACCGUCGGCCCGUCUGUUUGAGAUGUUUGACCAGCUGUACACGUUGGCCGAUGGUCAGUGUGUGUACCAGGGCAACACCAAGCAGCUGGUUCCAUUCCUGGGUACGCUCGACCUGGAGUGCCCUUCGUACCACAACCCGGCAAGUUACAUCAUUGAGGUGGCCUGCGGAGAACACGGUGAUCACACCCGCAAACUGGUCAACGCGAUCGACAACGGCAAACGGGACAUCCGCGGCGAGCUGGAUUUCCCGGCGCUCAAAAACAAAAAGAACGAAAAUGGAAACGCCAACGCCAACCUGAAGUCGAACUACGACAAGCUCAACGGCAACAGUAACAACAAGUACGCCGACAACCUGAACCUGGGCGGCAACGGCCUCCUGCCGUCGUCAAUGGUGAAUGACAUUGCCAAAGAAACGACCACCGAAACGAUCAAGAUCAACGUGGAAUCGGAGAAGGAACCGGAAGUGAACACCGCCCUGUUGCCGGUCGAUGGACAACUGGACGCGGGACUGUCACCGGAGCGGUAUCCCACAUCGGAGUUUCACCAGUUUUGGGUUGUUCUGAAACGGACGCUACUGUUCAGCAGACGUGAUUGGACACUUAUGUACCUUCGUUUGUUCGCCCACAUCCUGGUCGGUUUCCUCAUCGGUGCCCUGUACUACGACAUUGGUAACGACGGAGCCAAGGUGCUGAGUAACCUGGGAUUCCUGUUCUUCAACAUGCUGUUCCUGAUGUACACGUCCAUGACGAUUACGAUUCUAUCAUUCCCACUCGAGAUGCCUGUGCUGUUAAAGGAAAACUUUAAUCGAUGGUACUCACUUAGGUCAUACUACCUAGCUAUAACCGUUUCGGACAUUCCAUUCCAGGCAAUUUUCUGCGUGUUCUACGUGUCAAUCGUGUACUACUUCACGUCCCAACCGAUGGAGUGGUUCCGGUUCGCAAUGUUCCUCGGCUCGUGUCUGCUCAUUUCGUUCGUCGCUCAAAGUGUCGGUCUGGUCGUGGGCGCAGCCAUGAACGUCCAGAACGGUGUGUUCCUCGCGCCGGUCAUGUCUGUCCCAUUCCUGCUGUUCUCCGGCUUCUUCGUUUCGUUCGACGCCAUUCCAAUUUACUUGCGGUGGAUCACCUACCUGUCCUACAUCCGGUACGGAUUCGAGGGAACCGCCCUCGCCACGUACUCGUACGGUCGCGAAAAGCUCAAGUGUCACCAGGUGUACUGUCACUUCAAGUCGCCGUCCACCACGCUCGAGGAGCUGGACAUGCUGGACGCCAACUUUACGCUCGACAUCGUGGCGCUGGUGGUCAUCUUUGUCGUGCUGAGAAUCGCCGCGUUCCUGUUCCUGCGGUGGAAGCUCAGAACCACCAGAUAAGCGGUGGGCGCACACUCAGUGAACAACAUUCUACCAGAAAAUAUAUAAUUACAGUUAUUAUUUGAGAGAGAAUAGUUUCGUAGCUUAGUGGGUUUUAGAGUAAACGUUUAAUAAACAAACAUACAAUACACCAAAUCAUUGUGAUGAUGGGAGCAAUUUACAAAACCAAUUUUAAUUUUACGAAAAUUGGUGUGAUGACCUUAAAUAGCUAUUUUUCAGCAAAAACAAAAAAAACACAAAGUUACACAAAUAGCAAAACGAGCAUGGAAUGAAUGUGAAAAGUGGAGCAUCAAGAAUGGAAACAAAAGUCGCGAAGACGACAAGUUAAAAACAGGAGAAGAGGCUGUGCACGAGAACAAACUGUUGACAUUCAGAAUACUUUUUUUCUAAACUAACACUAUUGUGGGAAAGUGGAUUUGAUAGGAAAUAUUAUGACUUAUGACGAUGAAAAUCAAAUCAAACAUAGACCAUUUUUGCUAAUCAGUUUACUAAAAUUUAAAAUUUAAAUGUUUUUGAUCCAAUUGUGAUAGCAUUUUGAAUAAAAAGAACGAAAUAAAUGUUGUUAUGCAUUGCAAA